AAGGGACUAGUAGUAGAAGAGUCCCUCCCCACUGAAUUGAGUUCACAGAGAGAAUGGCUGCGGAAAACGUUGUUGAGUUCACAGACUUACCCGUCAAGAGGCCAAGAGAAGAAGAAGAAGGAACCAAUGGCGUCUCCAACGACGCCGUUUCAGCGCUCCCCAAUGACCCUCAAUACCCUGGCAUCUCUGCGGUUAUUCCCGGUUGGUUCUCCGAAAUCAGCCCAAUGUGGCCCGGGGAGGCACAUUCCUUGAAGAUGGAAAAGAUUUUGUUUCAAGGGAAGUCUGACUAUCAGAAUGUCAUGGUCUUCCAGUCAUCAACAUAUGGCAAAGUUCUUGUUUUGGAUGGAGUCAUUCAGCUUACAGAAAGGGAUGAGUGUGCCUACCAAGAGAUGAUCACUCAUCUUCCUCUUUGCUCUAUUCCAAAUCCCAAAAAGGUUUUGGUUAUUGGUGGAGGAGAUGGUGGAGUGCUGCGGGAAGUAGCUCGCCAUGCCUCAGUAGAGAAGAUAGACAUCUGCGAAAUAGACAAGAUGGUUGUUGAUGUCUCCAAACAAUUUUUCCCCGAUAUAGCAGUAGGUUUUGAGGACCCUCGUGUAACACUUACUGUUGGUGAUGGAGUUGCAUUUUUGAAGGAUGUUCCAGAAGGAACUUACGAUGCAGUUAUAGUGGAUUCAUCUGACCCUAUUGGUCCUGCUCAAGAGCUGUUUGAAAAGCCCUUUUUUGCGUCCGUUGCAAAGGCUCUCCGUCCAGGAGGUGUUGUGUGUACUCAAGCAGAAAGUAUAUGGCUUCAUAUGCACAUCAUUGAGGACAUUGUGGCUAAUUGUCGCCAAAUAUUCAAAGGUUCUGUCAACUAUGCAUGGACCACAGUUCCUACAUAUCCUAGUGGGAUGAUUGGUUUUAUGCUUUGCUCAACUGAGGGUCCUCUUGUUGAUUUCAAGCAUCCAGUGAAUCCUUUAAGUGAGAAUGAUAGUCAACAGUCAAGACCAUUGAAAUUUUACAAUUCUGAGAUUCAUACAGCGGCUUUCUGUUUGCCAUCUUUUGCUAAGAGGAAGAUUGGUUCUAAAACAAAUUGAAAAUAUUUUUCCUGGGAUUGAAGGAGCAAAUGUGGCUGUAGGCAUUCAUCCUUUCACUGGAUUGGUCCAUCCAUCAAUGAACCUUGGAAUAAGUUAAUAUCUUCAAGAUGACAUUGAAGAGCAACUUUACUUCUAUUUCAUGAAAUGAGUUGAAGAUGCUGGAUUCAGUUGCUAGUAAUUUACUUUAUUGACAUUAUGGAACUUAAUUAGCAGUUUAGCAAACUUUUUGUUUAAUGCGUAUGCUUGUUUUUUUAUCUCUUUGAAAUUAGUUGUUCGUAAUUAGUAUUUUAGUAUUUUAUAUAAUUAAAAGUUUAGAUUUAAAUA